AUGGAGAACAAUAACAUAACAAACAUUGAGCCUUCGGGCUGUGUAACUAGCGAGGAGCCUACGGGCCCUGACUUGAGGGACCGUGGGAUGCCGUCCUUGGACGCGCGCUCACCCGUGAGCGGGGGUCAUGGAGUGGUGGACCAGUCGCCAAACCACCCCCUCACGCACAUUGCUUUGCAGAGGCUAUACAACAUGGGCGCUGCGGAGGGUCGUAUUAUUACCACCAUUGCGGAUGUCCACUCUGAGGCCGAGGGCUUCCACUCGGCAUUCGAGGAGGAGGAGAGAACAUCCCCUGACGAAGGUUGUGAGGGGACGGCGUCCCCAGCUAGGGAUCCUCUUGAGGUCGGAGGGGAGGAUCCCGAAGUCCGGAUUGGAGAGGACGAGUCGUUGCGGACCGAGGUACUGGACACCGAUGACCUGGGAGAACCCGCCAACGUGGGUCUGGUUGUGGACCCUCCGGUACUGGGGAGCCCCAUGACCACCCCGUCUAUAGGUCGGAGUAGCUCCUUCGAGGUGUCGGCGACUGCGGUGCCAAGCGAGGAGAACCCUCCUGGGGGCCCGAACAGCGGCGAUACGCCGAAACCUCGGAGGAAUAAAAGACCUCUAAGGGAGAUUGUGUCACCUUCUCCCGAGACGGUGGGGGAACAACUGAUAAAUCUCGUGGAAGAGGGGAGCGAUGACGGGGGAGAAGAAGAGGAUUUGGCCAUCAAGCCCUCGGGGAGGGGACCCCCGCGUCGCAUAGUGUCGGACUCCGAGGACUCGCUAAUCGUGGUUGGCUUGGCCCCAUCGCCGCCCCGACUGUCGCCUCAACGCAAGGCGCGUGCCCUGCGCGAGAGGGACAAGCACGGGAAGUUUAAAAAGAGAUCACCGACCUCCGCGGAGGCAUUGGCAGCUACUUCACGGCCUAAGAAGAAGGCCAAAUGCGUAAACUCUUCCCCGGAGCCCGGGACGGGAGACAGCCAUCCCGACCCGUCUGUGGACCUCACUGAGACUCCUGACGGGUCGCGUUACCCACUGGCCAGGAGAAUAACAAGAGCGGUGAAGAAGAGGGAGCAGGAGAAGGGCACGGAAGAGGAAGAAGAGGAGCUGGCCGAGCUGCCGAAGCUGGAUACGGAGCUGCUAGCCAUUCGCGGAGCCCAAUCGACAACCCUCCUAUCCCUGGGCCUUGAUAAACUGGGGCUCCUGGAGGAUUUAAGGUCCCGGAGCAAGAAUCUCCAGGGUGGUGUCAGCGGUAAAAUGAGGAUCCAGAUCGCUGUUGUGACCGAAAUAAUCCGGGACCUGGCCCACAGAGUGGAGCAGAAAGGUGACCUCAUGUGGCUGAGGCGCCAGCUGCGGGAUGUCAAAGAGGACCGAGACAAGACCAGGGAUAGGGAGCUGCAGCUGCAGAGGCGGGUCCGGGGCUUGGAGGAUCGCCUGGCUAAGUUGGAGGCGGCGCAGAACUGCGACUCCGGCGUACGGGCCUCCGUUGCGUCCGGAGGUCGACCCGGAUCGGUGGUCUCGGGCCUUAGCUUGCCCUCGUUAAGGGGAGUCGCUGAGAGUGUUGUGGUGGAGCCCGAUGUGUCGGCCCUGUUAGACCGGCGUUUCGCUUUCGAUGGCGCGGGUAACCCGCGAAUACUCGGAGUCCAGACGGGGGAUCGGGUGAUCGAUUCGCCCUCGGUUGGAAGGGGUGUUCCUCGAAUCAUCGAGGACAUCCAACUGGUGCCUCCGUCCGGGAGGCUUCCUCCCGGUAGUGGCGGCGUCAUCUCCAGGGGCUCCGGGGCCUUUGCCGCCCUGGACUCGAUACCGGCUGACGGCGCGACGUGGCGAAUGUCCAUGAGCCGUAGCGCUAAGCGGCGUGCGCGGCGCAAGCGAAAGGCGCUGUCCGAUGGGAUCGGUGCGGGUGUUGUACCGGGCCCUGGGGGACCUGCGACCCCAGCGAGGGGGGGUCCCCCUCAGAAGGGCACCCCAGCUAAACCUGGGACCGUGGCUGUCGGGGGGUCUCGAUCCCGGCGCGCGAGUUCCUCAAGAGGGGCUUCCGGACCCGGACUCGGACGGAGGCCUCCGCGCACGGCGGCGGUUGGGCUCAAGGGAAGGGGGGAGACCUUCUCCUACGCGGAGGCUUUGUUGAAAGCCCGGGGGGAGGUCUCCCUGAAUGAAUUGGGGGUUGAGGCUCUGAGGAUCCGGCGCGCGGCUAACGGCGGCCGGAUUCUGGAGAUCCCGGGUCCGGACGGCCCCGCUAGGGCCGACCUCCUCGCGGCCAAAUUACGGGAGGUAUUGGGCGACAGCGCGACGGUCACGCGCCCCAUCGCCAGGGGUGAGCUGCGAUUAAUCGGUCUGGACGACUCGGUGACCACCGGCGAGGUCACCGAAGUCGUGGCGGACGAGGGUGGUUGCGAGGUGUCGGACAUCCGGACGGGCCCCAUCAGACAAAUGUUCAAUGGGAUGGGGUCGGUCUGGGUGCAGUGCCCACUGGUCGCCGCGCUGAAGCUGGCGCGGCUGGGUAGUGUCAGGGUGGGAUGGGUCUCCGCCCGCGUUAUAUUACUGAAGGCGAGACCCGUCCAAUGUUUCAAGUGCUGGGGAUAUGGCCACGGGAAUGUCAAUCAUUCCCUGCCGGCGCAGGACCUGCUGGUCCAGGAGGCGGCCCGUCUCGGCGCCGCCCUCUGUUUCGUCUCCGAGCCGCGGGUCGUUCCCGCCUCCCAGCACUGGCUGGGCAGCGGGAGCGGCCGCUCCGCGCUCUUCUGGAGGCCGGGGGCGUUGCCGGGCGGGUGCCGUUUGGUCGAUCGGGGCCGCGACUUCGUGGCCGCUGACUGCGGCGAGUUUUACGCCGUCAGUGCGUAUUUUCCACCGCGGGGGGGGAUCGCGGCUUUCCUCGGUCGGCUGGACGGGCUGCGCGGGGCGCUCUCCGGCCUCCGGGGGCGCAGGGUUCUCCUGUGCGGGGAUUUCAACGCCAGGUCCUGGCUUUGGGAUCCCCGCCGGGAGAACCGUCGAGGGGAGGUUCUCUCGGAGUGGGCCGCCGAGAUGGACCUCCGCCUCCUCAAUGUGGGUGGUGUCAGCACCUGCGUGCGGCCGCAGGGAGUAUCCGUGGUGGAUCUCUCCUGGGUGUCUCCCGGGUUGGCGGGCAGGGUUACGGGGUGGUCGGUGUUGGAGGGAGUGGAGACUCUCUCCGACCACCUUUACAUAAAGUUUGGCAUCUUGCCGUCUGGGUCGGCCGGCGGGGGUGGAGAGGGUCACAGCGGGGUCUAUCCCCGUUGGGACUUCUCAAAGCUCCGUCCGGACGACCUGACUGCUUCGCUGGAGGAACGGUGUGCCUUCGGCCCGGGGGAGGCCCAGGCGGCCACUGCUGAGGGCCUGGCGGGUUGGGUCUCGCAGACCAUGGCUCGUGCCUGCGACGACUCGGCUCCCAGGUCCCGGUUUUGUAGGGUUGGUGGUGGUAGGCGUGCUUCCUCCGUCUACUGGUGGACGGAGGAGAUCGCCGGGCUGCGUCGGGCCUGUUUACGGGCCCGACGUAGCUUCACUAGAUGUAGACGUCGGGGUAGUCGUGUGUACUGUGAGUGUUGUGCCGUCUUUCGCCUAGCCAAGCGGGACCUUCGCAAGGCCAUCAUAGCCGCGAAGAUCCGCGCUUGGGAGGACCUGGUUCGGUCGGUUGAGGAGGACCCGUGGGGGCUGCCGUAUAAGCUCGUGUUAAAACGGCUUAGGCGGUCGUCGCCAGCUCUCACGGAGACCCUCGGAGAGGAUGAGCUAGCAGAGAUGCUGGAUUCCCUCUUUCCGCGGCCUUCUGAACGGGAUUGGGUCGAGCCUCGCCAAGAGUUUGCGUGGGAUCCCUCCUGGGCCUGCGACGAGGGGGAGGUACUGGAGGCCUUAAAGGGGAAGGCCAGGGCCGGCAAUCCGGCUCCUGGUCCGGAUGGGAUACCCGCCGGUAUCUGGCGGAGGGCGCCCAUGGCCUUAACCCGGAUUAUCGUGAGGCUAUUCAAUCGAUGCCUCAUGGAGGGCAUCUUUCCAGCCGCUUGGCGGCGCGCGAGGCUCGUCUUGAUCCCCAAGGGUGGUGCGGAACCGGCCGGGCCGCUCCGAGCCCGCCCCAUCUGCCUCCUCAAUGAGAUCGGCAAGAUCUUUGAGAGGGUGCUGGUGGGGCGGGUGGAGCGUUGGAUGGCGGAUCAUCCGUCGGCCUCCCUGUCCGAUUCCCAGUACGGGUUUCGGGCGGGUAGGUCGACGGUGGACGCCCUCCUUCGGGUCCGCGACUUUGUGUCUCGUGCCGUGCAGGGCGGGGGCGCGGCGGUGGCUGUCGGGUUGGACGUGGUGAACGCGUUCAACUCGGUGCCGCGGUCGCGCAUCCUGCAAUCGUUGUGGGAGAAGGGUUUCCCCCUCUACCUCCGGCGCGUGGUGGGGAGCUACCUGUCCGAGAGGACGGUAGAAUUUCCCGUCCGCGGCGGCGGUGUGAGGUCUCGUGACGUGGUGGCGGGCGUCCCCCAGGGGUCUGUCCUCGGCCCCCUCCUCUGGAAUGUGGUAUAUGACCGCGUGCUCAACGCUCGCCUCGAGCCUGGGUGCGAGGUCAUUUGCUACGCGGACGACACCCUGGUCCUGGCUGCGGGCCCCUCCGUGGAAUGGGCCUCGGUCCGUGCGACCUUUCAGGUGACAUACACGGUGGGGAGUAUCGCUGGCCUGGGACUCAGGGUGUCGGCGGGCAAGACAGUGGCGGCCAUGUUUCACGGGAGGAGGGCCCGAGGGCGGGCUCCACCGGUGGAGGUAUUUGUUCGUGUGGGGGACGAUUAUGUGGAGCUUCGUGAUAGUAUGAAGUAUCUCGGAGUGAUCCUGGACAGUCGCAUGUCUUUCAGGUUUCACUUCGAGUACGUGCGGACGAAGGUCGCGACGAUCGCGAGGGCCCUGGGCAGGCUGAUGCCCAAUAUGCGGGGCCCCGGGGAGGCCCGGCGUCGGUUGUACGCAACCGUGAUGAUGUCUGUGGUUCUCUACGGGGCGCCGGUUUGGGUUGAAGCCUUUGCUGCAACUCAGCGAGCCCAGGUGGACCUGAGGCGGAUCCAACGGCAGAUCGCGCUGAGGGUGGUGUCCGGGUACAGGACGGUGUCGUACGUGGCUGCGACCCUCCUGGCUCGGAUGCCGCCCAUUGACAUCCUGGCGGCGUCUCGUCGCCGGAUGUACGAGAGGGCUCGCGGCCUUCGUCCGUACGGGUUGUGGACGUCCGAGGCGGUCGCGGAGGCCCGGGCUGCGGAGGAGCUGCUGGUUCGCCGGCAGUGGCUUCUGCAGCUCCGGGCCCCGGGACUGCCCAGUGUUCGUGUUCGUGACGCGAUCCUCCCGGAGCUUAACCUCUGGCUGGAUCGUCCGAAUCGUGGCGGCCUGACCUUUCACGUCACUCAGUUGCUGACGGGCCACGGGGUGUUUGCGGAUUUCUUACACAAGAUCGGGAAGUAUCAAACUCCGCAGUGUCUUCACUGCGGAGACGCGCGGGACGACGCGCAGCACACCCUGCAGCACUGUGUGUCGUGGCGGGUGCAGCGCGAGGAGCUGGUGAGGGUGAUGGGCGGGGAUCUGUCCCUGCCAGCGGUCGUGCGGGAGAUUCUGCGCUCCCGUCGGGCCUGGUCGGCCGUGGCGAGAUUCGCCGCGGUCGUGCUGGGCUCGAAGGAGAGCGCGGAGAGGGCCCGCGAGAGGGCCGCCGACCGCUGGGUCGUGGGCUCUUCCCCCUCAUCCACCUCCCAAUCGGGGGACCGGA